CACAAAUUAAUAAUCAAUGGAUUCAAAGAUAGUGAGUACUAAUGAAUAUCGUAUAAUAUUGUUGCCAUGGUUAGCCUAUAGUCACAUAUCUCGAUUCCUUGCUUUUGCCAAAGGACUCGCAAGUCACAAUUACUUCGAUAUAUACUUGUGUUCAAGCCAAGUAAACCUCCAAAUCAUUAGAAAAAAUCUUCCUGAUAAAUACUCCCAAUCCAUAAAACUUUUGGAACUUAACCUUCCAUCCUCAACUAGUCUUCCUCUUCACUACCAUACCACCAAUGGCCUCCCUCCCCACCUUAUGAAAACUCUCAAUGCGGAUUAUGCAAAAUCAUUUCCAGAUUUUGAAAUUGUAAUCCAAAGUAUCCGUCCUCACCUACUCAUAUAUGAUUUUAAUCAGUUGUGGGCAAUAGACGCCGCCACGUCUAUGAAUAUCCCUAGUGUUAUGUUUUGGAGCGGAUGUGUAUCAGCCUACUCUAUGACCGCUCAUUUUGCAAUCAAACCAUUAGGUGAAAAAUACCCAUUUCCUGAAAUGUAUCUUAAAGAUCAUGAGAUUGCACACAUGAAAUCGAUUGGUAAUAAAUUUAUACCUAUACCGCCAAUGGUAGAUAUAAACACUUCUUCUUAUCCCAUUUUUGAAUACAUGAAUAGGUCACGUGACAUUAUCUUGGUUAAAAGUACGCGAGAGCUAGCUGGAAAAUAUAUCGAUUACAUGUCGCAAAUUGUUGGAAAGAAGGUGUUGCCUGUGGGUCCAUUAGUUGAAGAAAACUCAAAAGAAGAUAUGAAUGAUCAUGUUGAGCUUUUUCAAUGGCUUGAUAAAAAGGAAGACUCUUCAGUUGUUUUCGUAUCUUUUGGAAGUGAAUAUUUCUUAUCUGAUAAUGAUAUAGAAGAUAUAGCCCAUGGCUUAGAGCUUAGCCAAGUAAAUUUCAUAUGGGUCAUAAGGUCUCCUGUGGGUGUAAAAACUAGUAUUCAACAAGUACUUCCUCAAGAGUUUCUUCAAAGGAUAGGAGAUAGGGGUAUUGUUACAGACAAAUGGUUACCACAGGCCAAGAUAUUGAGCCAUCCGAGUACAGGAGGAUUCAUUAGUCAUUGUGGAUGGGGUUCGGUUAUGGAAAGCAUUUACUAUGGUGUUCCAGUUAUAGCGAUGCCAAUGCAAUUUGACCAGCCAUACAACGCGAGGCUUGUCGAAAAUUUGGAGGUUGGUAUGGAUGUCAGUAGAGGUGGAGAUGGAAGGUUGAAGAGGGACGACAUGGCAGAGGUAUUGAGGAAGGUGGUGGUGGAGGAUAGUGGUGAGAACAUAAGGAAAAAUGCUAUGAAUUUGGGAGAGAUCAUGAGGAAGAAAAUGGAUGAAGGUGUUGAUAAAGAAGUGAUUGAGAAUUUGGUCAAGCUUUGUGAACUAAAGAAUUGAUUUAUACUAUAUAUACAUUCAAUUGGGAGUUCUCUAUGGAAGAAUGCUAAGUAUUUAAAUUUCUUUUCUAUUUUAAAUAACAACUAGCUAGUCUACAUUACAUUCGAUGUAUGAUACGUACGAAUAUGAAUGAUGUAUGUUUUAUCUCAUUUAAUAGGUGGGGUAUUUUUAAGGGAUUAUGGCACUGGAGUGUAACCAACUAUGACUCAAUGGUUAUGUAAUGUAGUGACCUUUCAAAUUGGCUAUGUGAUGUAAGUACCUUUCAUUUUUGUUCUUUUAAUGUAUCGGUUGACCUGUUGUACCGGUAGCCGGUAACAAUGUUAGUUUUA